AUGGCUAGACAAGAUGGAAGAACCAAGGAAGAAAGACUUGAGGGACUGUGGCCAAAGAAUGAGGAUUUGCAUGCCAUGAGAAUGGCAUAUGAUGUAAGUUGAUUAAUUAGUGGCUUAUAGUUAAGCAUUUUUUUCUUGCAAGUUGCAUUAAGCAAAUGUCAAUUUAAAGAAAAGCACAAAAUGGAAGAGAACAUUUGUGAUGUUAGAUUUUAUACUGAAACAAUAUUUACUGGAUGCUGGUUCACAGGGCUUGACAUUCCCAUAUAAACAAUAUGUCUUACAGUACUUCUGCAAUUUGAACCCCUUCCAAUUGCAAACUUCACUAGCUCUAAGCUAUUGGACACAUUAAUUUCUUUGCAUAGGGAGGACAAGACCCAAAAAAAUCUAAAUUGCUCUCGUCAUACUCUAACAUACUCAUCACUGAAAUGAUAUAUGUCAGAUGUUGUUUAUCCUCUUAUAGUAUCCAUAAAUGUAGGUAUCACAUGGACAUAUCAAGGAGAGAGUAAAUUGAUUUUCUUUUCGCAAAUUGAUUUAAAACCUCUUUUUCAGACCGUGUUGAAAAUACUGAACAAGCCAAACUCUCUUAUGGACUGGGGGGCGUACGCAUCCAAUCCAUUGUUUCUGGUAAUAAAAAUGGAUUACUUAAUGUCAUGGACAACUAUGACAAAGUAA